AUGAAUAAAGGAAGGGACAAUCUAGCUAAUACUUCAGAUGCACAUAAUUAUCCGGCUGAUUUUGGAAACUGCACAGAUGAAAGAUUCUUAUUUGAGAAACAGUACCUCCCUGCUAUUUAUAGCAUCAUCUUCCUGGUGGGCUUCCCUGGGAAUGCUAUAGCCAUCUCAACUUACAUUUUCAAGAUGAGACCCUGGAAGAACAGUACCAUCAUUAUGAUGAACUUGGCCUGUACAGACUUGCUUUAUUUGACCAGCCUCCCUUUCUUGAUCCACUACUAUGCCAAUGAUGAAGACUGGAUCUUUGGUGACUUCAUGUGCAAGUUCAUCCGCUUUGGCUUCCAUUUCAAUUUGUACAGCAGUAUCCUCUUCCUUACCUGCUUCAGCAUCUUCCGCUACUUUGUCAUCAUCCACCCUAUGAGCUGCUUUUCCAUUUAUAAAACCAGAUGGGCAGUGGUUGCCUGUACUGCAGUAUGGAUCGUUGCCUUGGUGGUUGUCAUUCCCAUGAACUUCUUGAUCACAUCCACUCAUAAGAAGAAUAGAUCCACUUGCUUUGAUCUCACCAGCUCUGACAACCUCCCUGCCAUUAAAUGGUACAAUGUGAUUCUAACAGUAGUCACCUUCUUCUUACCCUUAGUGGUUGUGACUCUUUGCUAUAUCAUGAUUAUCUACAACCUCACGAGAGGACCUCACACCCAGAGCUCUCAUAAGCAGAAAGCACGAAGACUGGCCGUUCUCCUCCUUGUGGUUUUCUACAUAUGUUUUUUGCCCUUUCAUAUCUUGAGGAUCAUCCGGAUUGAAUCCCGUCUCCUUUUAAUUAGUUGCGACUUGAAGAAUCAGAUUCAUGCUGCUUACGUUAUUUCUAGGCCAUUGGCAGCCUUAAACACCUUUGGCAACCUAUUGCUUUAUACUGUGAUUGGGGACAAUUUUCAGCAAGCCAUUUGCUCUGUUGUAAGAUGCGGAUCAAACUGUUAUCCACAGGAGAAAAGGGAACAGUAA